UAAAAUCGCGGCGGCGAAGCUGGGUGUAGCUCGCAGCUGCUGGAUCACCGCCUGCUGAGCUUCACUCGCCUCGGAGCACACCAUGGCCGGGCACCUCCGCACCCCGCUGCUCCUGCUGGCCGCCCUGGCCCUGGCUGUGGCCUUGGGUCCCGGGGCAAGCAGGAAAAAUGGCAAGUCUCCAAUGGUGGGCGGCCUGUUGGACGCCGACGUCAACGAGGAGGGCGUGCAGCAGGCGCUGAACUUCGCCCUCAGCGAGUACAACAAGGCGAGCAACGACGCGUACCACAGCCGCGCAAUGCGCGUGGUGCGCGUCCGCAAGCAGGUCGUGGCUGGGAUGAACUACUUCUUGGAGGUGGAGAUCGGACGAACCAGAUGCACAAAGUCUCAGCCCAACUUGGACAGCUGUCCCUUUCAUGACCAGCCACACCUGAUGAUGAAAACGCUCUGCUCUUUCCAGAUAUACACUGUCCCCUGGCUGGGCAAGACCUCCUUGGUGAAGUCCAGCUGCCAGAAGGCAUAGAGGACCCUGUGACAGACUGGGCCACUCAACCCCCUUUCUCCCACCCCCACCCCCUUGUAGAGCUCCUAACCUUUAGAAGGUUGGUUUUGUCCAAGUGACACCCCCUCAGUGUGCUAGUCCCAAGGGGCAAAUGGAGAAUUAUUCUGGGACAUUUUUUGAACAGCUAAGCAACUGUAACUCCUUUAAUUCCUUUCCAAAUGCACCAGGAUGCAGUACAUGUAUUCUGUUCUAUCUCAAUAAAAAGUAACAUCAGCUA